AUGAGCGACGCGCGCGCCUCGAAGUGCACAACACGAGCGGCGCCUUCGGUGUGCGGAGCGUUUCUCUUCCUUGGCUUGGUUCCCGCCUCUUUGGCGUCACCGAAACAGCUAAAAAACUACGGCCAGGACUUGAGGAAGGGAAGCCAGCCCAGCAGCUAUCGCUUUAUUGAUUUUGCCGCUAACCUGUGCUUGUCAUUUCAAGGCACCGUUGCCGGUAUAAACCCUCUAAGGAGAUUCAAGAGGUAA